UGUGACCUUGGAAGGAGCUGCCUGAGACCAUCCAUUAGCUGGUGUCCUCAGCCCUGAGCCACCAGAGCCUGGGGAAGAUGCAGCUGUGCCCGGUGCUUCUUGUCAUCAGCUACUUGCUGACUCCUAUUGGAGCUGCCAUCUUGAGGCGCUGCGUGGUGGCUAAGAAACUGCAUGAUGGGGGCUUGGAUUAUUUUGAGGGCUACAGCCUUGAAAACUGGGUGUGCCUGGCUUAUUUUGAGAGCAAGUUCAACCCCUCAGCUGUCUACGAGAACUCCCAGGGCGGCUACACUGGCUUCGGCCUCUUUCAGAUUCGUGACAGUGACUGGUGUGACCACGGCAAGAACCUCUGCAGCGUGUCCUGCUCUGCUUUACUGAAUCCAGACUUAAAGGACACAAUCAAGUGUGCCAAGAAAAUUGUGAAAGGAAAAGAAGGGAUGGGAGCUUGGCCCAUCUGGUCCAAGAACUGCCAGCUCUCUGAUACUCUAGAUCGGUGGCUGGACGGCUGUGAAGUGUAGGCACCUGAGUGGACCUGCCACACUUGCCGUCCGCAUCCUGGGACUGGAAGAUACUUUCCUGCUUGCUGCUUCCGCCUGUGCAGUUAUCUCACCACCUGACAGCUCCAGAUGGACAAGGACAAAAGUCCACUUCAUCCAGGGGAUGCAAGGUGCAAAGUAAACCAGUUAAUUAUUCAGCCCAGGCCUGAGGUCUCUGCCUGCAUUAUGAUGCCGGCAGCGCCAAGGCCG